AUGCUUGGAGUAGACGUGUACCCCAGUUUGGCUCUGGGACCUCAGAGUAUCGGAGACUGCUUCUAUAGAGAUCGGGAGCCAGCAGCCCACAUGCCACUGUUCCCUUCCACAUGUGAUGGUGUAGCCAAAACCCUGCCCCCUGCAAGGCUUGUGGCGCCCAUGCCCGUCCUCCACGGCGAGCCAGCGGCUCAAGCGGGAAAAGAUGACGUAAAGAUGGACCUGGAAAACUCUUCACUGUGGAAGCAAUUCAGCUCGGUAGGAACGGAGAUGAUCAUCACCAAAAAGGGGAGACGGAUGUUUCCCGGUAUAAAACUGAAGGUGGCCGGCUUGAACCCAACAUUGCGCUACAUAAUCCUUCUGGACAUAAUCCCCAUGGACAACUCCCGGUAUCGCUUCCAAGGAGGCGGAUGGCAAGUGGUUGGCGGUGCUGAGGCAAGGCUACCGGACCGCGUGUUUAUCCACCCGGAAUCCCCCGCCACUGGUGCUCACUGGCAGAGCCGCACCAUCUCCUUCCACUACGCCAAGCUAACCAACAACACACUGGACACACAAGGACAUAUCAUUCUCCACUCGUUGCAUCGCUACCAGCCCAGAGUGCAUGUAAUCGAGGCAAGAGACAUGUUGAGUUGGGGUGGAGGGCAGCACUCCUUCGUAUUCCCUGAAACCCAGUUUAUCACAGUCACCGCCUACCAGAACAACAAGAUCACAGAGCUGAAGAUCAACUCCAACCCAUUUGCCAAAGGAUUCCGUGAGGAAGGCAUGAAUAGCAAAAAACAACGAGAUGCAAGACAGAAGAGGAAACUAGUUGACAUGAGAGAAACGGUUGCUUCAGAGAACUGCGACCCAUGCGACUCUACUCAUAGUCCUCCAACUGCCAGCGCCACCGCUCCCGAGAUUACCGGAGCAGACCUGCAGGCCCUGGCCUUGGCAUCUCUGCACCCUCUGCCUCCUGAACCCUCAUGUGGAUUUACCUCAGAGGAGACCCCCUUCCAGGACACUCUUGUCCCAGAGGAGCCUCUGGACCUUGGUCAGGGCUUUAUAGCCUCCCAGAUUCCUGACAUCAGUCUCGCCAUAAAUGCUGGGUUACAGGACACAACUGGGAGUGAGGUCACAAAUACUCUAAUUGAAAGUUCUGAAUCCCUAAGUGGGGCCGCCUUUACCUCGACCUUCCCCACAUGUGAGACCAGCUCGUCCUCCUUCGCUCCUCUCCCUCAGCCAUCCACCUUCUCAAACCCAUCCGACACUUCCAUGGACUACCCCGCAAUCCUAUCUUCCUCCCCCACUUUGUCCAUCGCCUCUUCCACUAACUCACCCUCUUUGCAGCAGACCGCUUUCACCUUCCCCACUCCACCGCCAUCCUCUACUUCCUCACCCUCCUAUCAAACGUUAAAGCCAUCCAACCACGAAGCAGACACCUCUUUCCCUCCGUGUCAGUCCAAGGACCAAAUUUCCCUGCUCAUGCAACAAGAUGACAGCCUUUCCAGUUGCAACAAUUCCCCCACUGAGCAAAGUUCUGAAGCUUUAAUUUAUCCGAAUGCUCUCCCUUCGAAUCCUAUUCCCCAACCUCCACCGGGUGGUCCCCCAGCACCCUUUGCUUUCUCAACAGCUAUGCCGAACCUGUCCUUUCCAAACCAAGCCCUUCACCUCUCCAAUCUGACCCAGCCAGCUCAAGCCCCCAACCUGUCCACCUCCUUUCCCCUCCCAGCUUCCUCCCUUCCUUUCCAAUCCUCUUCUUGCUUCCCUUCUACUCCUCACCCCCAAAAUCUUAACAACACACCCUCAUCGUACAGCUCCGUGGAGCUAGGCGCCAUCCCGCAGUUCCCUGGCACCGGAGCCUACCGCUCAGACAUGAUGUUGCACCAUCCCUCUCUCCUCCCCCAGCUAGACCCACCCCGUCCCAUCCCACCUACUACCCCAGCCAUCUAUCCAGCUUUUUCCUCCUACCCGCUCCGGUUACAUCAGGACCCUCACCCAUCCCUUACCAUCCCCCUCAGGCACCUGUACAGACACCAGCACACCCACGCCCAAGGGUCUUUCCUGGACAUGAGCACAAGGGCUAUAUUUUAG